AUGGCCACAACUUUUGUCCUCCUUCUUUUAUCAGUUGCUAUAAUUGAAUCCAAGGCAGGAGUUCUAGGAUUUGGAAUUAUCUUGACAGUCACUUUGUCUAGCUGCAUCAGGGGUAAAAUAUGGUCUCCACAUGAUAUGACCAUGAUCUCUCUGAGUUUAUUCAGGUUCAUUUUGCAGUCCUGGACUAUUCUGAAUAUGUUCUUAAUUAUAUUUUGUGAUACCUCCUAUUAUGAAGAAAAUGUGUUUGUAGUUCUCAAGACAGUCUAUAUGUUUCUGAACUACUCCAGCCUCUGGUCUGGUGCGUGGCUUAGUGUCUUCUAUUGUGUCAAGGUUGCCAGUUUUACACAGUCCUUCUUCAUCUGGCUGAAGCAAACAAUUGUCAGUCUUGUGCCCUGGUUGUUGAUCACAUCGUCACUCUACUCCUUCACAACUGCACUUCCAUUUGCCUGGGGUGCCUACAGCGUGCACAACUUCACUGCUCCUUUAACCAUGUCAAACUCUUCAGAAACAGGAGUCACAAGGAAAGACAGUGUGACUUUAUUGAUUCUUCUCUGUAAUGCAGACAUAGGUUUGCCUUUAAUAUUGUCUGUUGUUUCAAGUAUCCUUCUGAUUCGGUCUCUGUGGGUGCACACCAGGCAAAGUAAUGCAAGUGGCUUCAGGGAUCCCAGCUUAGAGGCCCAUAUGAGUGCCAUCAAAUCAGUCUGUUCCUUCCUUAUUAUCUACAUUACAUAUUUUAUUUGUUUGCUCCUCCUAAUGUGCAAUACUUUUUUACCCUCAGGUAUUGGGAAAUCCAUAUGCACAGUUGUAAUGGUUGCCUGUCCUGCAGGAUGCUCAAUGGUCCUAAUCUGGAGCAAUCCCAAAUUUCGAGAGGUCCCAGCUAGGAUUUUGCACCACACAAACUGUCAUGUCAGAACUAGAUUCCGGUAA